AUGCCAAUGGCUAACAAUCUUGCGAAUCAACAGCCACACGCUCAUCUUAACCACGAAAAUGAUAGUUGGAAAAAAAGCUUACGGUUACCUCCAAAAGACAAUAGACCACAGACGGAGGAUGUAACUGCCACAAAGGGAAACGAAUUUGAAGAUUAUUUUCUGAAACGAGAGCUACUUAUGGGAAUAUUUGAGGCCGGAUUUGAGCGUCCAUCGCCUAUUCAAGAAGAAUCUAUACCUAUCGCUCUAACUGGUCGUGAUAUUCUUGCAAGAGCAAAAAAUGGCACAGGUAAAACAGCGGCCUUCGUAAUUCCCGCCCUAGAAAAAAUAAAUGUGAAAAAACAAAAAAUUCAAGCAUUACUGCUUGUUCCUACAAGAGAGCUGGCCUUACAAACAUCACAGGUUUGUAAGAUGCUUGGAAAACAUAUGGGAGUUCAAGUUAUGGUUACAACUGGCGGUACAACGUUAAAGGAUGACAUUUUACGUUUGUCUGAAAUCGUACAUAUUGUUGUUGGAACUCCUGGUCGUAUUUUAGACUUGGCGGGAAAAGGUGUUGCCGAUUUUAGUGACUGCCCUACAUUCGUAAUGGAUGAAGCUGAUAAAUUGUUAAGUCCAGAAUUUUCUCCUAUCGUCGAACAGCUUUUGACAUAUUUUCCAAAAGAUCGUCAAAUAAUGUUAUAUAGCGCUACAUUUCCUUUGAUUGUAAAGAGUUUUAAAGAUAAAUAUCUCGUAAAACCAUAUGAAAUUAAUCUAAUGGAUGAACUUACACUUCGUGGUGUCACUCAAUAUUAUGCAUUCGUUGAAGAACGGCAGAAAGUGCAUUGUCUAAAUACAUUAUUUUCGAAGCUUCAAAUCAAUCAAUCAAUCAUUUUUUGCAACUCCACUAAUCGGGUUGAACUUCUUGCCAAGAAAAUAACCGAACUCGGAUAUUCUUGUUUUUAUAGUCACGCAAAAAUGUUACAAAGCCACCGUAAUCGUGUUUUCCACGAUUUCAGAAACGGAGUUUGCCGAAAUUUGGUGUGUUCAGAUUUGCUUACUCGCGGUAUUGAUAUUCAAGCGGUCAAUGUUGUAAUUAAUUUCGAUUUUCCAAAGAAUGCAGAAACUUAUCUUCAUCGUAUUGGCAGAUCAGGUCGAUUUGGUCACCUUGGUCUUGCCAUUAAUCUUAUUACCUAUGAGGAUCGCUUUAAUCUUUACAAGAUAGAACAAGAACUUGGGACUGAAAUUCAACCAAUUCCACCUCCAAUAAAAAUGUAUUUUGGUCACGUUAUUAGUUUCCGUGACAAUCAUGAAUAUGAUAAAAAACCUGGAGACUCUUUGAAACCUGAAGACCAAUUAGAACUCAAAAAUUCUGGAGACUUGUUGAAAUCUGAAAAUUCUAAAGACUUAUUAGAACCUAAUGAUUUAUUGAAGUCUGAAAACCUAUUGGAACUUGAAAAUUUCAUAAAACUUGAAGACCCACUUUUUCAACUUGGCCAUGCUUACUAG